CAGCCAAAGCCAAGUCAGUAACCGGCAUCGUUGAUGUGAAAACUUGUGUUGGACUCAGUUCUCGGUCGAGUCUUCCGCGUCUAAUCUAAUUUGUAGGGAUCGUUGUUUCGGUUUUUAUUCGAUAUGAACUUUGCCUAUCCUAAAAAAUACUCGCAUAUCCAGUGUAGCAUUUCCAAUGAGUGUAAUUUGUGACUUAUCAUCGAAAAUCAACCCCAAAUUCAGUGAAAAUGUAACGGUACAUCCACCAAAAACAAGCACUUAACCUCGAAAUUUUCGUUUACAUAAUUCACUUUUCCCUAUUUAUUUGUGACUCUGUGAUUGUGUUGCAGCUUACAAUGCUGUGAAUGUCGCCUUAUCACUAUUUCACUGAUAAAAAGGAUCACAGUGUUCAAUUCCAUGUGUGUUGAUUCAUAAUUAUAUGUGAUGUUGCUGCUCAUAAAAAGGGAAUCUUCUGGAUGUACAUUUUGUUACAUUGUAGAAAGCAAUCUCGAAUGAGUAUUUGUCAUCUUUUGGUGUCUGAAGUUUGGUUAUUUUUUUUACCGGAUGUUCAAAAGUUGAGGUGUUUGGCAGUUUCAAAUUUGGUAAACAAUCACAUUAGUGUUUCAAGUGUAGUGAAUUUUUAUCUUCACCUGCAAAGAAUGUGUCAUCUGUGAAGUGUAUCCUGAAAAUUGAUGAGCUCAGGUUUCCAAAAGCAUUAAUCGUUGUGAUUUGAUAAAAUACUCCUUCACCGGUGUGGAAAUAAUAUGUCCAUAGUGCGUUCACCUUUCAAAUAGUUUCAGGUCUAAUAUGAGAUGUUAAUUGCCUGCCAAUAAGUGCUUUGUUAUCUGAAGUCGAGAGUGUUCCAUAUAUUUUUGUAUUCAUGAUAGUGCUUCCCAAUUGAAAGUUUGUUUAUCAAAAGUAUGCGGCUGCUCAAGAAUUACUGGCCGCGGAGGAGAAGCGGCUCAAGCAUCCGCGUGGUGGAUGCGGACGACGUGAAGCGCGGACCACUGGGCGACCACGUGCUGGGGGAGGAGGGUGGAGGCGAGGGGGAGGAGUACAAGAUGAUGAUGAUGAUGGCGGCGGCAGUGGAUGGGGGGCAGGGGGGGCCUCACCGGGAGUUGCCCGUCGACGUGCCUGACUCGUUCAUUGCCCGAAGCAAGACGCCACCCCGAUAUCCGCCACCCCGGCCCCAUGCCAGGCAAGCCUCACAGACACCAUCAAACGGAACGGUAGUGAAACCUGUGCCACCGCCAAGAACUGACACGAUAUCGCCCAAGGAUGGAGUGACACCGCCGAGGGGGCCACGUGCCCCUGUGCCUCCCCCUCAACUGCCCUCCAGGGCCCCCCUCAACAACAACAUCGAGCAGUCCACCAGGGAGCCCACCAAGGAACAACUUGACAGCAUACGCAAGUUCCAGGAACAGAUCAGGAAACGCAAAGCGGAAGAGGAGCGAGUGGCACAACAGAAUGAGUUUCUCAACAGAUCGCUGCGCGGCUCGAAAAAGCUGCAGGCUCUGGAGAGUAGCACCGCCCCCCAGGCCGCCUCCAUGCCGCCUCCCAGUGGCCUCGUCAACGACGCCUAUGCCGACGACGAAGAGCAGCUUGGCGAGGAUGACACUCUACACAAAGUUAUCGGGUACGGCGAGCUGGUUGCCUCCCUACAGCGACUGCAGUUGCAGCUGAAGAAGAGCGGGGUGACAGAGGGGCAGGUGACAGCUGUGCAGUCGCUACUGCUGCGGCCUGAGUUUGCGCGUGCGCUCGCCACACACAACCGCGUGCAAGAGUCGUGGCCUCCUCCACCGCCCCACCCAGCCGCAACCGCCUCCACCUCCACCUCAACGCCGCCUCUCAGCGCCCACUCGCAGACGCUUGUCAGGGAGUGCCUAGAAAGUAUCCAGACAUGUGCGUUACCGGAGGCGUCAGAACUGGCUGACCUGCUGACGCAAUACGAGUUGGAGGGACUGCUGUUCGCGCACGACGCCAUUGCCCGGGAUGUGUCACCAGAACGCAUGCUGAACAUGGUGUCCCCGUCACCACAACACCACCGCCGCACACCCACGCCACCAGCACACGAGCGCCAACUGGUGCCUCGCCACUCGGCCGCACCCAGCGAGGCUGACGACUCCAACAUUAAGAUCAUCAAAAUCGAAAAGACCAAUGAGCCGCUGGGUGCGACAGUGAGAAACGAGGGUGAGGCGGUGAUGAUAGGAAGAGUGGUGCGAGGGGGUGCGGCCGAGAAGAGUGGUCUGCUCCACGAAGGAGAUGAGGUGCUGGAGGUGAAUGGCCUCGAAAUGCGAGGGAAGACUGUCAACGAGGUUUGCGACCUGCUUUCCACCAUGACAGGCACGCUCACCUUCCUCAUUGUCCCUGCAGCGCAGACCAGGUCGCCGUACACGCGUAACCCGCGCGACACGUUGAUGCACGUGAAGGCGCACUUCGACUAUGACCCGGAGGACGACAUCUACAUCCCGUGCCGCGAGCUGGGCAUCUCCUUCCAGAAGGGCGACGUGCUGCACGUCAUCUGCCAGGAUGACCCCAACUGGUGGCAGGCCUUCCGCGAGGGUGAGGAGGACCAGACCCUGGCUGGACUCAUUCCCAGUCGGUCGUUCCAGCAUCAGUAUGUGUUGACCAAGAGAGAAUCAUUUAAACAAUCAAUCACUGGCGACAAAAUUAAUCGAGAGAAGUCGAAAAAGAGUGGCAGUGGAGCUUUCCUCUGUGCGAAGAAGAAUACAAAAAAGAAGAAGAAGAAGUCGGCGUAUAACUCUGCGUAUAAUGAUGGUGGUUAUCCCAUAUAUUCGUCAAACACUGCUGAUGAAUAUGAGGUGGAUGAGAUCCUCACGUAUGAGGAAGUUGCUCUUUAUUAUCCGAGAGCAAACCAUAAGAGACCGAUUGUGCUGAUAGGCCCUCCCAACAUAGGAAGGCAUGAACUUCGCCAAAGGUUAAUGGAAGACUCCGAGAGAUUUGCUGCUGCCAUUCCUCAUACGAGUAGAGCGAAAAAGGACGGCGAGGUAGAUGGUCAGGACUACCACUUCAUCACGCGAGCGCAGUUCGAGGCGGACAUUCUGUCGAGGAAGUUCGUGGAGCACGGAGAGUACGAGCGAGCCUACUAUGGCACGUCGAUCGAUGCGAUUCGCUCGGUGGUGAACGCCGGCAAGAUCUGUGUGCUCAACCUGCAUCCGCAGUCGCUCAAGAUUCUGCGCAGCUCUGACCUGAAGCCCUACGUCGUGUUUGUUGCUCCACCCUCACUCGAGAAACUCAGGCAGAAGCGGAUCAGGAACGGCGAGGCCUAUAAGGAGGAGGAGCUGAAAGACAUAAUUGAAAAGGCUCGUGAAAUGGAAGAGAAGUAUGGUCACUUCUUCGACAUGAUCAUCAUCAACAACGACACAGAGCGCGCCUAUCACCAGCUGCUGGGGGAGAUCAACAGUCUGGAGCGCGAACCUCAGUGGGUACCUGCCACCUGGGUCAGGGCCGUAUGAGGAAUAUUGAUAAUUCGAAAUUAUCAGUUGUCGGAUGAAGAAAUUGAAGUUGCUGGCAGCUAGCGACAGCCAUCCUCUGUCACUUCGAAUACGCUUUAGUCCAGCGAUAGUGAACUAAUUUAAUCGAUAUUAAUAAUCAGCGAGACUGAUACACUUCGGCAACCUUUUACUUUCCAUCCCGUUCGAUUGGAUAGAUUCGGUUGAUUGAUCGCGGAUCACGUGUGUGUGACCUGAGACAUUGCCCCGCGACUCUUUUACUCUGUACUUGUGUCGAUAAACCCCAAAAAAUUGUGUGAAAUAUUGUAGUGAUAAUGAAAAAACAUGUAAUACUAUAUUGUAGAUGGUUUCAGUCAGUAGAAGUAAUGAAUAUAUUGUAAAUAGUGUUGUUUGCCACCAAACUUUGUUUCAAGGUGACUAUUGUCUAGAUGCCAAGUAAUUUUUUAAAACGUUGAGUGUUAAAUACCAGAUUUUAUAUGAAAAAAUAUGACAAGGGAUUUUAUGAGUGGGAUUUAUUGUUGGAUCCUUGGAUGGAAGGUGAUUUGAACUUUUAGCUUCUAAUUAAGAUUGUCAGCCAAUUCAAACUUGUAGCAGAUGGUUUAUAUCUUCAGAACACAACUGAUAACUCCAAGACUAGGGGACUAGCCGCUCUAUAUGGUGAUACCUCUUUUCAAAUUUAUUGUUGAUUUAUCGUCUAGAAGGUGUAGAAAUUUUCUUCCCAUGAAGAAGAUUCCUUCGGUGAUCCCUCAUGGUGUAUGAAAUCUCUAUAUACAUAAAAUUAUAUGAUAUUUUUUUCGAUGUAUAUUUUUUCUGCUAGUCCUCUUCAUUCCUUCCACUUCUUGAGUGGAUCACGUUUAUUCUAUUUCCUCUAAGGUACUCUUUUACUCUUUUAUAACUCGAACAAAUGUCAUAUCUUAUUGUGGGCUUUUGUGAAGCAUCAUUAUGCUUUCGUCGAUUUGAUUCAUUUUCACGAAAAACACCAUCACGUCUUAAUUUCAACAUCACAGAAACUUAUUUCCAAGAUCGUAACAUCACAAAAACGAAUCCAGAGGUUUUCUAGUUGGCAAAUUUUUAGCUCUAAAGAUUGCCAUAUUUACAAUGUCUUCAUUCAAAGUACAUCUUCUCAACUUAUUUUCUUCUUUCACCAAAUUGACCUCUACAUUCACAGCCAUGCAUCACUUUUUUCUCCAAGAAUAUUAUAUAUUUGCUCAGCCGAAAACACUGUAAUUUUGAAAAAUAUUUAUGUACUGUUAAAAUAUUUUCUUUUGAGUAUUAUUGUUAUUAAUGUUAGGUUAUUUUUUAAUGGAUAAUUUUGAUUUUUGGCUGUUCAUGACAAAGACUUGAGAUUCUCUUAACCUGCUACUAACAUCAUAACAACAUCAACCACCUUGUUUCUUCUAUAAUUAACAAGUAUUGUAUAUUACUAAAAAUAUGUAAAUAUUAGCUGAGAAUGAUAUUAUCUACCUAAUAUGAACUACUAUGUUUAGUAGGUCUGGUUUUUGUACAUUAGUUGAUCGAACCAUGUUCAGUGGGGAGAAAAUAUGUUUUCUAUGUAGCGUAAUUUUUCAAAAAUUGUGUGUUUAGACACUAUAGUACCGUAAUCAUUGAGAAAUUUCGGGGACUUUUGAAGAAUGAAUUGCAGGAAUAAUUCCAACAUAUUGAGAGAUUCUCUUGUUGAAAAAUUGAGUUUUAAUAUGGAUUUGUUUCAAAGAUUCUAUUCAUGAUGGUAGGUGCACUUGAACUUACGUUGCCGGUUGCAGGUUGCAUGACGUGUACUAAAUGUAUGCAUAACUGUGUUCCCAUUCACUAAAUUGAAUUGUGAUAAAACAAUACUUCCAUCAAAUGGGAAACAAAAUGUGAAAAGGGUGAAGGUUCCAUUGAAAAAAGUUUGACAAUCACUUCAUCAAGUAAUUAUGAGAAAAAAUCAUUAAUUUUUCAAGAGACACUAAACGUUAACAAUACAAAUUAUCUAAGUAAGUGAAAGAACCGUUUCUCUUCUUCUUUAGUUUUCUUUGAAGUCAAUUUGUGUUCUUUUCAGCACCUAUCAGGUUCUUAGUUAUUGAAAAUUGAAGUUAAACUUGAUUAUUCAUUCAUAAAUAUUAAUAUAAUAUUUUUUUCAUAAUUUACAAAUAGCUGAAUAAAUUAAUAAUAAUACCGUUAGGAGCGAACUCCAUCUAUAUUAAUAUGCAUACAUUCUCAAAUGAUCUAGAAUGAAUUUAAAGUUUCCAAUGGACAAAGAAACAAAGAAAUUCUAUAUAUAGAACCUUCUAGUGCCAGUAAUAAGAUUGUAAAAGUUGUGCGUUAUUAUCUUAUUUGUCAUUUUGAAGUAUCUAUUCAUGUAUGCAAUAAAUUUCCUUUAGCAUGUUAUUAAGCUGAUGCUUUCUUGAACACAGCUUGUCUUGUAGGCUAAAACAAAAGGAAGAAUGUUUUAGAUAUGGAGAACUUUAUUUAAAAAAAAAACACCAAAAUACAAAGAUUUAUGAAUAGAGCUGGAAAACGUUGAUCUUGAACUCAAAAUGAAACUUGCUAUAAUCAUGCCAAUUCUGUGAAUACUGUAUAAUUGAUUCAUCUGAAAAGAAGACUGGGUAAGAUACUUUUUUAUUGAUAGGAAAUCUUUCUUCUCUCAUGCUUCUUCUAUUCUGAAAAGAAACAUUUUUAGUAAAGCUAAAAUGUUCUCUAAUAAAUAUAACGAUAUUAUUACUAAAUCUAGAUAUCCCAUCAGAUAUUUCCGUGGAUAAUACGGAUAAUUUUUUCACUCGAAAUUCGUUUGAAGUAGUUCAUUUCUUAUCGAUGAUUGUAAAUCAAAAUUUUCUUUAAUUUUGAAAUUAACAGGAUCUUCGUAUUACGUUUUUUAUAAUUCAUUACUAGAAGAUUUUUAAAAAAUCAGUCUGAUAUUACAUUUUAUUUAUUCUGAUAGUUAUAACUUUAACUUAAAUAAAAAAAAUGAAUUUGAAGAAUCUUCAUCCCUGAAUAACUUAAUCCUCUCUUACCAAUGAAUCAAGUUCACUUCAGCUCUCAGACGAAUAAUUGUAUUUUUCGUAGGUGCUCUUGUAAAUAUUAAACGCUUUUAAAAUAAUAGAUUUUAUUAAUAACAUCAUCAACUAAUGCCUGUACUAUCAGUAUCCUUCAAGCAUUUAUGUUAAUACCAUUCUAAUUUUAGGGAAAUUCCCUUUACAAUGUAAGACUAUAAUAUAUAACACCAAAAUUAUUGAAACCCCUUUCAAGUUUGAUUUAUUAUUAUUGAAUAAGUAUGUAUUACUGUAUGUGUAUAGAUCAGCCAAUUCUGAGUAUAUUGUUGGUUAAAUAUUAUUAUCAACAUAAUGGUAAGUAAUGAAAAUUCGAUGGAAUAUUUUUGAACAAUGAUUGGAGAUUGCCAAAUAGCAUAAUGGUUUAGAAUUUUAGAAUUCAUGCAUGUAAAAUUUUAAUCAAACUCCAAGCUUCUGUAACUACAGAUUUGAACUAUAUGCUUACUUCCUAGAUUCUAAUCCGAGUUCCUUCGCUGCUUGGCCGUUGACCUCCUCGUUCAAAGUACUGCUCCGCCAUUUGAUUCUACAGUAAUACUAAGUAACAGAAUUCCCUCGGAAUAGUUAAUUACAAUGUAAUUCAAAACAAAGCGGAAUAUCUUGAGAGUUCUGCUGUUUGAAAGUAUCCAUAUUCUAUGUUUUAUAAAUGCUUCAAAUACUUCAUCUGAAGCGUCAAAUCAUGAUAAAAUUAAUCAUUAACUUGUGAAAGCAAUAAAAUCGGAGUAAUUACUAUAAGAUGAAUAAUAUAAAAUUUACUAUAGGUGCAAAGUCAAAUCAAUUUAGUACUGUAUCAAAUCUGAAAAUUCAAAUGAAUCAUAACAUUUCAAUAAGUAAAUUAAAUGAUAAAGGGAUACUUUUAAUGACAAAUUAGUUGUUUUGAGAAAACCAAUGAUACAAUAUUUUUUCUAUUUUGGCAUAUAUGUUUUUCUUUCAACUGAAUAGAAUGAUGUCCCCUACUAACCUCCAUUAUGACCUGAUUCCCUAUAUGUCAAUUUUUUCAGUAGUUUCUCAAUAAUAGGAGAGAGAAAUAAUAUUUUUCAACAAUUUUGCAAGAAUCUUUUAGAGAGUAUCAUGAACAAAGUUUAGCUUUGUUUCAGUUACGCCAAUCAUUUCAUCUUGUUUCUUCAU